CACAAAGGAGGCUUCCACGUGACAGGAUGGAAGAGCAGCCACAAGGCAUGCAGGGACCCACAGCUCCACCCUUUCAGCCACAGAAAGCUUUGCGGCCUGACAUGGGCUAUAACACGCUUGCCAACUUCCGAAUAGAGAAGAAGAUCGGCCGUGGGCAGUUCAGUGAAGUUUACAGAGCAACCUGCCUGUUGGAUGGGGUGCCCGUAGCGCUGAAAAAGGUCCAGAUAUUUGAUUUAAUGGAUGCCAAAGCCCGUGCUGACUGCAUCAAAGAAAUAGAUCUUCUUAAGCAACUGAACCAUCCAAAUGUAAUUAAAUAUUAUGCCUCAUUCAUUGAAGACAAUGAACUGAACAUAGUGUUGGAAUUGGCUGAUGCUGGAGAUCUCUCUAGAAUGAUAAAGCAUUUUAAGAAGCAGAAGAGGUUGAUACCCGAGAGGACAGUGUGGAAGUACUUUGUUCAGCUUUGCAGUGCCUUGGAGCACAUGCACUCCCGCCGGGUCAUGCAUCGAGAUAUAAAGCCAGCUAAUGUGUUCAUUACCGCGACAGGGGUCGUAAAGCUGGGAGACCUUGGCCUGGGACGAUUUUUCAGCUCCAAAACCACAGCUGCACAUUCUCUAGUUGGUACCCCUUAUUACAUGUCUCCGGAGAGAAUACACGAAAACGGUUACAACUUCAAGUCUGACAUCUGGUCCCUGGGCUGCCUGCUGUACGAGAUGGCUGCGCUGCAGAGUCCCUUCUAUGGCGAUAAAAUGAACCUGUACUCCCUGUGCAAGAAGAUUGAGCAGUGCGACUACCCGCCCCUGCCCUCGGAUCACUACUCAGAGGAACUGCGGCAAUUAGUGAAUAUGUGCAUCAACCCGGACCCCGAGAGGCGACCGGACGUCACGUACGUGUACGACGUCGCGAAGCGCAUGCACGCGCACACGGCGAGCAGCUGA